AUGGCAGACAAGAAUGCUACGGAAGCCUCUGUUGAAAGCCAGCCUGACCCACAGGACCAAGUCAACUUGUUGUUUCACGUCACAAUGACAGAAGAAAUCUCAAACCAACCAGUCAACGAUAAAGAAGAGGAAGGCUCAGACUCUGAAAAUGAUACAAACAGCAGCAUAACAUCAGAGGAAGAAGCUAUGAGUACAUCAGAGGAAGAAAAAGAUGAGAGUGGAGAAAUGUCCGUUGAUUCAGAUUUGCUAGCAGAGGGCGGUGAUGAACGUUUAUACCGGUAUGUAUACAGCAGCGGAAGAAAGGUUAUUAGGGGACUAAACACCAGAUACACUGAGCUGAACGACUUGCUGUACAUGCAGCGAGAGAUCUGUGGAGAGAACUCUGUACCACCACACACAACAACACCAAACAAGGAUGGACAGGGUGGGCGAAGUAAAGUUAUAUCUCACAAGGAUGGACAGAGUGGGAGAAGUACUAGUAAAGGAGUAUCUUCAGGUGUGGCUGGCAGGACAGCUGAAAGAACAGGUAGUAAGACGAAGAAGAUGUCCAGUACUGUAGCCAGGCUUUUGCUUGAAAAGGCAGCAGACUCGGGGACAGAGAAAGGUGACGCGUCCUGUCCCAAAACGCUGGUGGAGACAGUUCUAGAGCAGACCGGUCUGAACAUGGAGGAUUUUGUGGAGGAACAGUACAAUCCCCUUAUUCGUUAUAACCCUGUCCUCGAGCGAAGAAGUCGGCAGUACAACUGCAAGCACUGCGCAGAAUAUAGCUAUACCCUGACUGGUAUCAUCACUCACAUAACACUGCAGCAUAGGGCUCUGUUAGUCCAGAAACAAGUACGCCAUUAUAAAGACAGGGCUAACAUCACAGCAGGAAAGUCUGGGACAAACGAUGGAAAGCAGGGCAGAGUGAGGUACAAGUGCAGCCUUUGCAAACGGAGUCGGAACAUCAAAUCCUUCACCUUCAUGAGGGCACACCUUCGGGACAAGCACCACGUGUCACAGCACUUCGAGAGAUGCUCCUACAAGCCCCUCAGGUGUGCCAUCUUUGGAAACAGCAAAGGUAGUAGAUGCGCAACAGCCUACUGA